AUGGAGGAGAAGAAGAAGAAGAAGAAGAAGAAGAAGAAAGAGAUGGCAGAGCGACAACCUGGAUGCAGACCCGAGGCCGCGAGUGCCUCGCCUCAACUGAACUUCAAGUUGAAGGUGGCUUUCUUGUGUCGAUUUAAAAGCGAAACCCCGCAAGGAAUAGAUGGGCCGGGUUAUGUCUCAGUCCUUUCGGCUGUUUUUUGGGACUUGCCAGGCGCGAAGGCUGGAGGCUUGCGAAUGCGAACCAAUCUGGGCAGCGAGCGAUUAGUGAGAAAUCAGCGAGCCGGUCUUCGCGCGCCCUCGCAAGGUGGCGGUAGUAACGAUAGGAAAGCCACACACGGCAGAGGAAAAAUAGUACGCAUAGCUACCUAA